AUGGAGAGUCAAAGCGGCGCCAAGAUUCAUAUUCGUGGCCGUUCUUUGGAAAACGAAGAGGAAGAUAUGCACUGUAUUGUCACGGCUGAUAAUGAGCGGUCUUUGAAGCACUGUAUUAAACUAAUCAAUGAAGUUGUGGCUACAGCUGCCUCGACGCCGGAGACCCAGAAUGACCAUAAACGCAGCCAGCUGCGUGAACUAGCGGUUUUGAACGGCACAUUGCGCGAUGAUGAAAAUCAGAUAUGCCAAAACUGUGGUGAAAAGGGACAUCGUAAAUUUGAAUGCCCAUACGACCGCAAUUGGACUACGCAUAUUGUUUGCCAUCGCUGCGGCCAAAGUGGUCAUGUGGCUCGUGAUUGUUUCUCACAAUCGCAUGGUUUUAGUGGUGAUAUGGGUGAUGGUGUCACACAAGUGGACACGGAGUACGCCGCUCUCAUGGCUGAACUGGGAGAAAUGCCAGGAGGUUAUGGGCAUGGUGGGUACCUUGGUGUUCCUGGCUACGAGGGACCCCCGACCAACGAGAAGGGUGAAAAGAUUCCACCUUGGCGCGAUCCCGCUAUCUGGAAUGCUCCAGGGCCUGGUCGCAGUGGUCGCGAAUCUGGGCAAGACACUACCUACACGGACCCCGGAUGGGAUGCGACGACCUAUGCUGGUUACAGCUGGGGUGCGGAUACUCAAAGUGCUGCGGGCGAUGGUCAGCGCGAUUACACGGCAGAAUGGGCUGCCUAUUACGCUGCCCAAGCGGCCGCGCAACAGCAACAGCAGGGAUCUACGAAUGAAAAUGGAGAGCCUGUACGGGACUAUUCGAAGGAAUGGGAAGAAUACUAUCGGCAGCAGGCUCUGGCGCAGCAACAGCAACAGCAGGCUUCGUAA